AAGUUAUGAGUAAUCUGUCACAAUUCGUCACGACAGAACAUAACCCACACGAGUAUCUCUAAUCAUUUAUCGAGUGCCCACCAAUUCACACAAGGAAUAGUACGUAUUCUGGAACUGGAAUUCGAAAAUAACAGUGUAAAACGAAAUAGUUGAUAACGCUACACUCGGUUGAUACACUAUGGUUAUAAUGAAUGAAGCGAUUUAUUAUAUUUCGAAGAGAGAAAAACAUUACGUAAAGGUAGAGAGGUGAAACGUCAGAUUGACCGCAAAGGCAAGAAGCAAAUAUGCCCAUUCCCGUCCUCAGUUUGUCCCAGUAUUCUCCGCCCCCGGCGCAUGCAUUUGACAACAGAUGGAUCCCUCGUGGGUUUGAUCCACUUUGACAGACAGUUUCUACUAGAGGGUCGAACAAUAAUAAAUCCAGGGAUCACAUAAUGAUUUUUAUUCAAGUCUUUAACAUUCGCAACAACUACGAUUGAGUUAUAUUGCAGAGUGAGCGUUUGUGUAUUGUUUGUGAUGUCGCUAUCAACUUGAAGCCCAAAUUGCUUGAGACUUACAGCAGUGACUAAUAAAUGGUUCUAUAAACUAUGACUAUGAUUGAGAAAUAUUUGAUAGCAAUGAGUAAUUGCAAAUAGUCAGUAACCCUUCUGAACUGCAUAUUUUUUAAACAGCUACUCUAAAUUUCUCAGAAGUGCAGAAUUUGAAUAAUAGGUACAUAGGCAUUUAAUAGGUGAUCGGUUGCUUUCAACAAUGAAGAAUACCCUUGCUGGUAGCUCGGAUGAUUGCCGUUACCACAAUAAUGUAUUCGAAGAAUACUGUGAAUUAGAAAUCAACCCCAUAAUUAAUGAACACACAAAUACUAUUAAUGAUGAUUUCAAGGAAAAAUUAUCCAAAAGUGUCAGUAAUUUAUUACAAAAAUUGGAAAAAAAUAAGAAAUAUUUUGAAAAAUCCAAGGACUUCUCAAUUUAUACGGGAACAACAGGAAUCGCAUAUCUAUAUUUUCACUACGGAAAAACAUACAAUGACCAGUCAUACAUUAUCAGAGCAGCGGAGAUGAUCAAUGAAAAAUUGAAUGAACUGAAGUCAUCGAAAAGAUUGAUAUCAUUUUUGUGUGGAAUUGCUGGACCUUUAGCUCUAGGGGCAGUUCUUCAACACGUGUAUUUUGAUAGGAAAAAAUCAAGGGCUUUAAUAGCAGACUUGGAGGAUCUAUUCAAGUAUACUUGUGACGGGAGCAGUGACGAAUUACUGUAUGGACGAACUGGUUACCUCCAUGCGUUACUCUUUGUUAAUAGCUACAUAUCUCCACCACCGUUUAAUGAAAACUUUCUGAAACAGGUGAUAAAUCUCAUCCUAAAUUCUGGACGAGCAACUUCCAGGGAGACACGCUGUGAGUCCCCACUCAUGUAUUCUUGGCAUAAUAAACUAUAUCUUGGGGGUGCCCACGGUUUAGCUGGAAUUUUAUACAUAUUACUUGAGGCAAAGCUUUACCUAUCCCAGUCCCAGCUCAAAGAACUUAUUGAACCAGCGGUGCAGUAUCUCAUUAAGCUGAAAUUCGAAUCAGGCAAUUUUCCUUCCUCAAUUGGAAAUCAGACUGAUAAAUUGAUUCACUGGUGUCAUGGGGCCCCAUCUAUGGUCAUGCUCUUCUGCAAGGUGUUUCAGAUUUUCCACAACCCAGAAUAUCUUCAAGCUGCUAUUAGUUGCGCAGAUGUUGUGUGGUCUCGAGGACUUUUAAAAAAAGGGUAUGGGUUAUGCCAUGGGGUUGCUGGUAAUGCCUACACGUUUUUGCAUUUGUUCCAGCUAACUAAAGAUAACAAGCAUUUGUAUAGAGCUUGCAGGUUUGCAGAAUGGUGUAUGAACUAUGGUAAACAUGAAAAUAGAACUCCUGAUCGACCUUUCUCACUGUUUGAAGGACUGGCAGGAACCAUUUAUUUUCUGAUUGAUAUCCAAAAUCCAUUGUUGGCCAAGUUUCCCGCGUACACGGUAUAUAGCGAUGAGUCAGUUGAGGAAGAAAGAAAUUUUUCACAACAAAAUUUUUGCAAAGACGCAUACGUGAGCAACAGAGUAGUUCUUCCUGAGGAGGACGGUGGUGUUCAACCAGCAAUAAUAAUUGUGAGCGAUGGGAAAAUACAGGAAAUUAUCCGUUCGUUCGACGAAGAAACGCUCAGCAAAUUAAAAAAUGAAAAUGUUAUGGUUCAACACUUUGGUUCUUCGAUCAUAAUGCCUGGUAUUGUCGAUUCUCACGUUCAUAUAAAUGAGCCAGGCCGAACUGACUGGGAAGGAUUUGAUACAGCAACAAGAGCUGCUGCAGUUGGUGGAGUUACCACAAUUGUGGACAUGCCAUUGAAUUCUAUCCCCCCAACCACUACUCUUGAAAAUUUAGAGAUUAAGGCAAGAGCAGCAUAUGGAAAAGUGUGGGUUGACGUAGGAUUCUGGGGUGGUGUCAUACCUGGAAAUCAGAAAGAUCUUCGGGCACUAGUAGCAGCGGGUACAGUCGGGUUCAAAUGCUUCUUAUGUCCAAGUGGCGUUGAUGAAUUUCCUCACGUUGAUGUUGAGGAUGUAGAGAAAGCUUUGGUCGAAUUACAAUCUACUAAUUCUGUACUCGCGUUCCAUGCAGAAUGUGAACUCGCACAUCCGCGAAAUAUCACGAAUAGAGAUGGUGGGCUUUAUGAUACAUUUUUACAAUCACGACCACCUGCAAUGGAAGUAGAAGCUAUAAAAAUGGUAUCUUCUUUAUGCAAACGUUAUGGAGUGCGAUGCCACAUCGUUCACCUAUCAGCAAGUGAAGCUUUGGAGAUUAUAAGAGAUGCAAAAGUUGAAGGAUCUCAUCUGACGGUCGAAACCUGCCAUCAUUAUUUGAAUUUCUCUGCCGAGGAAGUGCCCAUUCACGCAACAGAAUACAAAUGCUGCCCACCCAUUCGUGAUAAAUCUAAUCAGAAUAAACUGUGGGAGGCAUUAGAGAACGGUUUACUGGAUAUGGUGGUGUCGGAUCACUCCCCAUCAACACCAAACCUCAAGAGAUGUGGAGAUUUCAUGACAGCCUGGGGCGGAAUUUCAUCUCUGCAGUUUGGCCUAUCAAUAAUGUGGACUGCUGCAAGAAAGCGAGGCUUGAAAUUGGAAAAAGUUUCACACUUGCUGAGCAGAGCCCCAGCAAGGCUGUGUAAUCUUGAUGAUCGUAAGGGCAGACUAUGCAAGGGAAUGGAUGCAGAUCUCCUUAUCUGGGAUCCUGAGGCAACCAUAAAGAUUCAAGAGUCGAUGAUUCUGCAUAAAAAUAAGCUUACGCCUUACAUGGGCAACGAAUUGUUUGGGCAAGUACUAGCAACAAUAAUCCGUGGACAUACGGUUUAUAAAAAUGGACUUCUUGGAAAUAAACCCAUCGGAAACCUACUGCUCAAAGAUGAAAAGUAUUGCAUCUAAAGUAGGCUUACUUCACGUAACUUACUUUCAGAGCUACUUGCUACGUUAUUGCAUGUAAGUUACAUCUUAUCUGAAAGUAUCGUUCGUCCACGCUGAAGCGUCAUUCUAUUUGAUUUAUGAAGCUCGGGACGAUGCCGCGAUUGUCAUUUCCAUAAGUGAAUUGAUCAUUUAAAAUAAUUUAAUUCAAACUAUGGCUCAAACGUAAAAACCCACCUACGCAUAAGGGAACAAAUAACUCAGCUGAAGCUCUUUUGUAUGACCGUGUAACGUCUUGAUAUAAUAUGGUUUCUCAUUUGAUAAGAGAAUGAAAUUAUCUCUGACUGAACCACAUUCAUCCGCGACACAUGUAUUUGUUUUUACUAUUAGUCAUGUGUUCGCUCCAUAUGGUAAGUGGAAAUAUUAAAUUAUCAUUUAUAAGUCAAAGUCAUAAAUAAUAUUGGAAUCAGAUGUCGCUCGUAAAAAUUGUUACGAUAUUUUCAUGACAAAUAAACGGUGAUACAUACGA